AGUCGAGUUAUUUCAUAACCUCCUUUUUCUUGAGCAAAGAAUUUGCGCUAAAAGAAAUCCAUAUUCGCUCUUUGCGCCUUAUAAUUGCCUUCUUCCUUUCUUUCAAACUACCAAUUCAAGAAAACUCCGCGGAGCCCGUACCGUAGAAGGAGCUCUUUUCUUUUGUCUCUUUCUUCUCUCCUUUCAGUCGAGCCCUCUGAUUCCUCUCAAAUUCUUUGAUCCUAUCCUUGAAAUUCAAACCUUGAACUUCUUCUUCUUAUUCCGUUUUUGAUUCCUUUAGCGUAGUGGGAGACUUUCUAGUAGGUUUGGAAGAUCAUAUUCUAUUAUUAUGCCGCUACUUUCAUCCUACAUAUUCCCACUUAGCGGUCGGACCUCCGUCCAAAAACAAAGGUCCAGAUGAGGGCUCGACUGAAAGGAGAGAAGCGACUGAAAGUUCGCCUUUUAAUAGGCCUAAUUAAGCUACGUAGGACGAGUCAGAAAUCCAUAUUCACCUUCAAGGUGCGAAGCAGCUCGACUAAGAAGGAGAAAGAAAAGGAGCGGUUAGGAGUUGAGACUCCCACGGAGCGGUGCGAAGCAGCUCGACUAAGAAGGAGAGGCGGAAAGAAUUUGCGAGGCGCAAAGAAUUUGUGUGGUCCUUAUCCUUGAAAUUUGAAGGAGUGCAACUAAUUUCAUGGGACUUCUGAAUCUCAAAUAAUUUGACCCGUCCGAAGGACUUGUUUAUAUCCAUAUUCAUCUGGACCUUUGUUUUUGGACAGGUUCAUAUGUCCUUAUCAAUGAGACCACUAUUCAUCAUUGAAUUUUGAUGCUUCCUUGCCAGCAUCUUUCUUUCUCCCAUGCUUUCCGUUGGUCAACAACCAACCACUGCUCUCUAUAGUUCUUCACUACUCGUACAGGAAGGAUUUCUGUCUGGAGGGAAUUGGAUUGAGAAAAAGAAAGAAUGCCUCAACUGGAUAAAUUGACUUAUUUCACACAAUUCUUCUGGUCAUGCCUUUUCUUCUUGACUUUCUAUAUUCCCAUAUGCAAUGAUGGAGAUGGAGUACUUGGGAUCAGUAGAAUUCUCAAACUACGGAACCAACUGGUUUCACACCGGGGGAAGAACAUACGGAGCAAGGACCCCAACAGUUUGGAAGAUAUCUUGAGAAAAGGUUUUAGCACCGGUGUAUCCUAUAUGUACUCUAGUUUCAAAGAAGUAUCCCAAUGGUGUCAGGCCGUCGACUUAUUGGGAAAAAGGAGGAAAAUCACUUUUCUCUCUUGUUUCGGAGAAAUAAGUGGCUCACGAGGUCUCGAAAGAAAUAUAUUCUAUUUGAUCUCGAAGUCCUCAUAUAGCACUUCUUCCAAUCCUGGAUGGGGGAUCGCUUGUAGGAAUGAAAUAAUGCUAAUCCAUGUUCUACACGGCCAAGGAAGCAUCGUUUUUUAAUCAAGGUCGUUUCGGAAGCAUCAAAAUUCAAUUCCUCCAAAUCAAAUAGUAGAAAGCAUUACAAGAGAGAUCAAUAA